GUCGGCCGCUUAGCGGGAACUGGAGACGAAAACCUUGCCCGCACCGCGUUGCCGUCCUCCGGACUCGCUCCAAACUCACUCUCAUUCUCUGCCCCCCUUGCUGCCUCAACCCCUGAAUCGCGUUCUCGCUCUUGUCCUCUUUCCGCGCUUCACCCCUCUCGCUCGAGCCGCGUUCUCACACUCCGCGCGCUUCUCAGCGAAACUUUCCCGGCGUCGGGACACGCUACUACUACCACCACCACCGCCGCUGCCGCCAACGGUACCAACACCACCGCUCCUCUACUACCACCGUCACCCGUCGCGCCGUUACCGCCGUCUUUCCAACAUUUACUAACACCGACAACGAGAUUCUCCGCACAUCUAUGACGUUUCUCUACCACCAGAUACAUCCCCCCUUUCAUUCCAAUUCUCCCCGGUCGGACGGCGGCGUUUCUCUUUUCUUCGCUUAUCCUUCUCUGGUUCUCCUUCAAGUUUCACCCAACUUUUCCAACCCCCACGAGAAGCACGAACAACGUCGACGCUGCCGCGACAACAUACGCUAUAUCCCGCGCGCGCGAGGAUCUUUUCUAUCUUUAUUUUCUUUCGCCUGCUAACUUGUCGGUUCGUCCGUUCGCUUCUUAUCCGGGGAAUGCGCGUUACAGCCUUUCACGAAUAUUCUCUAACGUUAUAACACCUCUUUCUCUUUGUCCUCCCUUUUGCUCUGUGCUUGUUUCUUUUCUAUCCAACUCUUUAUCCGCGCAGAAAUAACCCGAGCUAUAUAGAAACCGAUAAAAUGAUUGUGUCAAGUACCGUUUUGGAAAUUUAAUGAAAAAACUACUUAAGUCGUGUUAGUUCUUUUUAUGCGGAUAUUGGAAAAUCGUUUCACGUUCCCUUUGAUACAAAGCAUCCAAGACGCUUCAGAUCGGCGUAAUUCCCUAAGUUCAUAGCGUUGCCACCGAGUUUGCCAGCUCGUAAAGCGAGCAGCAUGAAUUUUGCUCUCAGGCAGUAGAUCGAGACGCGCUGGAUCAGACGUUAGUGCAACUACGACAGUGAUUUAUCAGAAGCGGGUGACAAAGCGUUUGACUACCGUAAAUGCAGGAAUACUGUGGAUUAAACGUAUUCGAACAUUGUCAAUGUUAGUGUGUCAUUAUACCGAUACGUCCUCCAGAUUAUAAUCGCAUUACCAUAUAACGUAAUCAACGAAAUUCAAUCAAAAGAAAAGCGACGCGAAAGAGAAUCUUUCGCAAUCUUUUGAAACUUGGAAUUGAACUCGAUAGUGUUCAACCUCCCUUUUCCCAUAAAACAUUUAUUCAUACAAACACAAAGACCAACUCUUCAGAAUAAUUGGAAAACGUUUUUAGAAGGCAUGCCCGAUUAAUUAAAAUCCAUAAUGGGAGAAGAAUCCAGGCCAAGGCGGAGUAGAGAAAUAAGAAAAAACUUGUGUGAACCAUUAAACCGAUGGAAGAGCUCUCGGUCAAAAGACUUUUACGUGUGAAUCAUAAUGCGGCAAAUCUCGUAAGCCCGAGAGCAACUGCGUCGGACGAGAAAAUGUCUAUUGUAGCGUGCAUACCUUAAGCAGUGGCACGCUUCGAGAGGAGCAGAAGGGAGCGGAAAAUGGGGUGUGCGCGUGGCCGGACGUCGUGACGCCUGCGUCAAUCUGCGAUUCAUUGCCCUGGCAACGGCGACGCUUCACCAUCGCCGUGCCUUUUUCUCUUUCCCGCUAAGCUCAAUCGUCGUUUCACUUAUCUCUUUCGACAUACGGAUAUUCCCAUUUACCUCUCCUACCCGACUUCCGCCUCAUGUGCCCGCUCGCCGCGUUUUACUACUGGAUGCUUCUUAUUCUCGCAUCACGAGAACAAACCGUUGUGGCUUCUACGACGUAACAAGUGGAUAUACUCAUUUCUGGAACGAUCAUUUUCCGUCCUUGUAUAUCUUUUACUGUCUACAUAGAUUUCGUUUAUUCAAUGCGAGCUUGAUUCGACGCGUUGUUCUACGAUAUCGUUUUUCGAUAAUCGCCUGCAUACGAUACAAUUUUCGGCUAAGUACGAUGUUCCCAAUUACCGAAAAGAGAGGGAUUACGUUGAUAACGUUUAUUCGUAAAUUAGUUUUCGUGAAAUGAAAUAGGUAAACAGCGUGGCAGUUUUGCUCUCAAAUAGCGCGAAAUGAGACGCUACAUCUUUUACUUGUCUUCCGCGCCGCGCAAAAGAGAAAAGAAAAACGCUAUCAUUCUUCACGCUUUCAAAGGGAAAUACAUGUCCCACGGAAAGCGUGACGAGUUAUGACUGGAGAAACAGUGCUCAAACUCGACACACCUUUGUAUCUUUCACUAUAAAACUCGUUCUCGACUAUCUUUUUUCCCCACUCAACUGAAUCUACCUAAUUAAAAUUCAGUAUUUACCUGGUGAAGCUUUAUCGCUGCCUUGGCAGAGAUAAAACGAAAAUCUUUUCAACAUUAAACGACGCGAAUAUAACUACAACUUACAAAGAGCUCGCAUAUUUCACGGUACACCCCUACGCUACUGGAUAAGUGAUGCGUGACCGAAAGGAGAAGAGGAGUUUCCCAAGUCUGGCGACUCACGGCCCGAACCACGUUACCUUUUUAUCGACGAAAAGACGAGACUUGCUGGCAAAAAACAUAACUUCCACUUUGGAGGGUAUACUUAAGUGCUACAUUCUCGCAGCUAAAGAAAUUUCUCGGAUGUUCCUAAGCACGUACCGCACCGUAUUACGUAUUAUACCAAAAUCUCGACUCAAGCGAAGUAUACCUGAAGCAACACUUUUGCUAAUUUUCUGAAAUGUUUGCAACCAAAUCCCUCGAAUCCAGGUACACGUCUUUGAAAGGGAAUUAAAUUCACGAAAGAAGAAACUUUUUAAAUAGUCGCUAUUUUCCCCAUUGAAUCCAGUACUUUCCACUUUCAUCGAUUGAAUAACACAGUCUCCUCCGUUCCCCUUUACGCGGAUAAAGUUCUCUGUCAUAAUAACUUCGGCGUCUCUAAAUGGUACGUAUAUCCGUAAUAAAUUGUUCUUGCAAACUUUCUAGAUGGCGAGCUAUAUAAAUAGUCUCGUGGAAUCUUCCCCGCUUCGUACGUUUCCUGCAACCCACCUUCACCCCGAACCAACCUCAACCCCUCUACGAGACGUCGCUAUACUACUCUUAAAGAUGCUUUUCAUUGCACUCCCACACGGUGGAAUCCGAUCGAUGCGACUGUCCCAUUCUAACGCGAGGAACUAGCCUCGUCCAACGUCCUUCUUCAACGAACCGGACUUCGAAUCCUACUAUACGCAUUUUCCAUUGUGUACUCCGCGACCUUAUCUCCGCUCGUUCCUACUAUCCCUUAAAAUCUCCGUCGCUUCUCGCGUUUCCUUUUUCUCCGCUGUCGCGUUUCUUCCGAACAGAUGUGAACUUCGAUACUCGGCUACAAAGGAGAGCAUAGGUGGCUGGAUAGGUGUGCUCGUUUCACAAGUCCUCGCGCAGUCGUGAUUUCUCCGUUUUCUUACAAAAUAUUUCCUCAAGAAGACUUGUUAAGCUACCUUUACGAAUUUCGCCACGAAAAUCCUUACCGUUUCAUUCCUCGUACCGCCGAGCUCCCGUUAGUUGCCUUUUAAUCUUUUUGUCCGGCUCGUUUCUUUGACCCCAUUGUUACCACUCGUUACGGUUUGCAUCGACUUAAUUGACUUUUGUUUUACCUCAACCCGAGGGAUCUCGUCGCCGAGAUCGUAAACGUGUUCACGCUGUAUAGCUGUGUGCGUGCUCAUAAAUUCCCAGGGAACCACUUGGUGUGCGUUAGGAGUUUGUUCGGAUAUUAACUGUUACGACGAUUUAAAUCGCAGAGGAAGUUAAUAAAUUCAGGGAAGAAAUUGGAGGGGAACCGCGACGAAGGUAACGCACCAGGUGUCCGUUUGGAAAGUUCAUGGCCAGACGCCAUGUUGGUGUUGCAGUCACCUACUGUAUCGACCUCAAUAAAGAGUUGGGGGCAGCACUAGUAUGGGGAACACGCAGAUAUACCACAGAGAUAAUAUAAAUAGAGUAGAGAAGUCAGCCACAAACGUGACUCGCAAAUAGGAAGAGAAAGAAGACAAAGAUUACUACCUCUCUCUCUCUCUCUCUCUCUAUAACGACGUGUGCGCAAUACUCACGUGGCCGUGAGCACUCCCAUUUUCUCUCUGGUUCUGUUUUGUCAUGUAUGUAAUCUUUAUUCGGCAUUCAAAGAAAUGAUAUUCAAUAAGAUUAUAUUAUUUAUAUAAUACAAUUCGUCCGAGAAAUUUGCAUACCAUCGAAGUUGGAUUUAUUGUUGUAACUCUCGUAUAUACAUUAUUCCUGCUUCUAUAAUUACGCACAUACUUAACUGAAGUUUGUAGAAACUGGGAGAAAAAUGUCAUUUACAACAUUCUUUAGAUUCAAUAUGAAUUUAUUUGCUAAUCUUAAUUUCCCGAAGUGUCACGUGCAUAGCAUGCUGCAAAUAUGCAAUAAAAAUAUCGAAACAAACGUGGGGAGGCACGUAAAAAUACAGGGUUGGAUUCAUGCUGUCAGAAAGAUGAAAGAUAAUAUUUUCGUUGAUAUUAUGGAUGGAUCGACUCCUAAAAUGUUACAAGUUGUUAUACCAAAAUCCGAAAAGCCUGAGAAAUUAAGUUAUGGCUGUAGUAUCAGAGCUGAAGGAACAUUAGCUUUAAGUCCGAAUGGUAGAAUUGAGUUACACGCAAAUAACGUUGCCGUAAUCGGCUCGUGUGAUGUUAUGGAUGGAUAUCCUUUUGCCCCAAGAAAACAGUAUCCUGAAGAUUACGUUAGGCAGUAUUUGCAUUUAAGGCCGAGAACUAGAAAGUUUUCAUCUCUGUUAAGAUUGCGUGAUUUGGCAUCUGCUACUUUUGAGAAUUAUUUAAGGAAUAAGGGUUUCAUUAGUAUGCAUACACCAGUUUUGACUUCAAAUGAUUGCGAAGGUGCUGGUGAAUUAUUUUUAGUAAAACCAGAUUCUAAAGAUUUAUCAAAUUCAAUGAGAAAAGAAGGUCUGACAGAAGAAGAAUCAUACUUUAAUACUAAGACUUUCUUAACUGUUUCUGGACAGUUACAUUUAGAAGCAGUUUCAAGAGCAUUUACAAAAGUCUAUACUUUUGGACCAACAUUUAGAGCUGAAAACUCUAAAUCAAGGUUGCAUUUAUCCGAAUUUCGUAUGUUAGAAGCAGAAUUAGCAUUUGUUAAUGACAUAAACGUUAUAAUGGAUGAGGUAGAAUUAAUGAUAAAGUAUGUACUUAAAGAAAUAUUUGAAAAGGGUGCUUCUGAUAUAGAAGUAAUAGGUGGUCAGGAUGUGCAAUGGUUGACCGAAAAAUUUGCACGUAUAACUUACGACGAUGCAAUUGAUAUUCUACAAAAUAAUGCAAACUCCUUAGAGAAAUCUAUUACGUAUGGAGACAGUCUAUCCAAAGAACAUGAAUUGUUUUUAGUGAAACGAAAUAAUAAUAUUCCAGUGUUUAUUAUAAACUGGCCAAAAGAAGGCAAACCCUUUUAUAUGAAGGAAUGUGAAGACGAUAGUUCAAAGGUUGCUGCCAUGGAUCUUUUAGUACCUACUGUAGGAGAAUUAGUGGGAGGGAGCAUACGCGAAGAUGAUUAUGAAAAGUUAAAAUCAAAGUUACCCUUGACCACCGAUCUGGCUUGGUAUUUAGAACUUCGAAAGUACGGCAAUGUUUCAACAGGAGGAUUUGGAAUGGGAUUCGAAAGAUUUUUACAAUAUGCUUUUAAUAUACCCAAUAUUAAGGAUACCCUCCCUUUCCCAAGGUGGCCCCAUAACUGCAGUUUGUAGAUAAAGCUCUCGAAAUUUGUGUACGUAAUUAUCCCAUAAUAAACAAGGAAAUGUAACAUAAAUGAAAAUAAUAAUUACAAAUUCAUCGUUUUUGCUAAA